GAAACAUUCAUUCCGCAUUGAAUUAUCAUCAUUCGUUUUAAGGAUCUUUGUGGGGUCUAAAAGUCGAUAGCGAGAGGGAAAACUAGAAAUCGAAGCAGCAGUUAUGCCAGGAGGAGGAGGUGCGCUCAAGGCCAUGAAGCCAAAGAUCCAAUCCGUUGAUAUCCAAGCUGCCGCGGGAUGGGGUAUCGCCGCCGCAGCCGGAGCCAUCUGGAUCGUCCAACCAUUUGAUUGGAUAAAGAAGACGUUUAUUGAUAAACCAGCUGAAGAGAACUGAGUGAGAGAUCAUCAAAGACUCAUGACAAAGUGAAGAGUUUUUCUUUUGUUUUUUUUUUCUAAGUUUGUUUAUCGCAUCUUUGCGAUGAAACUGAAUAAGUUUUUCUUGUUUUAGUGGGGUUUGUGGUUUCAUGUUAGACCUUGUGUCUUCUCAAAUGUUAUAACACAAGAGAAAGGAUACACUUCCAAUUUCGAAACUAUCAGAAAAGAGAAUCCUGAUUGCUUUUUUUUUUUUUUAAAGUGUAUGUUGUUAUUUCCAAGUAUACAUGAUGAUUCAGCCAUGAACAAACUUAAUGCAAAC